CUCUCGGAGCCCGCUGGGCUCAACCAUGGCGAGUAGCGCGCGGUGCCGCCGGGCCCGGGCGGCGUGGGAGGUGUCCGAGUCCGAACCCGAGGCUGAGCCCGAACCUGAGGCUAAACCUGAAUGUCACGGUCCCAGCGCAGCCCCGGCAGGUUCUCCUCGGGCGGCAGCCGCCGUACGGCCCAAGCGGCGGAGGGCGGCUGGGGAGGCCGAGGCCCGGAGGAGGGAGAGACGGCGGCAGAAGGAGCGGGAGGCGCAGGAGAAGCGGGAGGCGGCGGCGACAUGGCGGCUGCUGAGACCGGAGCGGUGUCUGCGGCUCCUGGAGGUGUGCGUGGAUCCAGGUUUCCUUGAAGAUCCUGCUUCAGAUAUUUGGAUCGAGGCUUUGAGUUCAUUGGACUGUAAACAUUCCUUUGAGCCUCAGGCGAUUCCCUGCAGCAUAACCUGGAGGAGAAACAUGCCGAGUGUCCCAUCUGCCCCAGAUGAGUGUGUGGUGAAAACUGAAGAGGAGAAGGAGGUGUUGGUUUUGCUGGAACCAGCAGAUUUUCUAAAGCGCCUCUAUUCCCUAACCCAGACUUUUGCCUCGUCAGGGAGUCAACCUGACCUGAACCAAGUGUUACCUUUGGCCAGCCUGGAGGGCUCCUCCACCAAAUCCUACAGCCUGGCUGUCGUUGGGCUGGAUGCCUACAGGUGUAACCAGGAGCAAAACAGGUGGCAUUCACUGAGCCCUGGAGAGCAGAGUCCCAUAUCCCAGCCUGGCCCAGAGCUGUUCAUGACUCAGCAGGAAAUACUGGAGGCACAGGUGGUGCUCCAGCUGUGGGGUAACAUUGAUGUACAGCUCCUAGAUACAUGGCAGGAAUUUGGUGAGCACGUCUCUGCACUGACAAAAGCAAUAGCAAGGCGCCCAUACAAGAGUCAGCUGGAGAUGCAGGAAUUGUCUUUCUGCACGGCUGGGGUCUCGGGCAAGGGGUUGCGAGUGGAGAAGGACGGCACAGGGCUAUGGCAGGUGUGGAAGAGACAAAUCGAGCAGUUUAACAGAGUCAGCCCUGCUACAGCAACAGCAAUAGCAGAAGCAUAUCCUUCCCCUGGCCUCCUGGUGCAGGCCUAUGAAAGGUGCAGCACAGAAGAUGAGAGACUACAGCUCCUGAGUAACAUCCCUGUGAAAUCAGACAUCAGUGGGAAGGACCAACGUGUUGGGCCAGACUUAUCCCGCCGCAUCUAUCUCUUCAUGGUUUCCACCAACCCUGACCUUAUCCUGGACCUGACUGUAUAGUGGGAUUGGAAGCCACUUCAGUCAGCCUCGGUAUUUUCUUCUGCUCAACUCAGCAGUUGCUGAGCUGCUUCUGGCAAGGCAAAACUGCUGGGAGCUCAACCUGUGGAAGCAGCUGGUUCUGUUUCAGAAUAGACUUGCACAUCAAUAAAUGUCUUGUUAUAAAUGCUUUCUUCAGCA